AUGGCAGCACCGUUCCCAUCUCCAACCACAAAAUGGCACACGAAAGCCUACCAGUCCAUAUCCCCCAACCGGCCGGCGGUUUCCGCCAAGGGUAAGACCUUGGUAGUGACCGGAGGGGGUACGGGCAUCGGUUCAGAGACUGCUCGCCACUUUGCUGAAGCAGGCAUUUCCCGGAUCGCCCUCCUUGGUCGCAGAGAGCAACCCCUUCUCGACACAAAGGCCUCGAUUGAAAGCAUCUUUCCUGACGUCGAUGUAUUUGUGGCCCCUACAGAUGUUACAGAUAAAGACAAAGUGGACGCUGCUUUUGCCAAAUUUGCUGGUAACGGAUUAAUCGACAUCUUGGUCAGCGGUGCAGCUGUUAUUGGACCGCAGGAUGCUGUCGCAAAUGUUGACGGUGACAAGUUCCUUCAAGCUAUUCAGACAAACCUGAAAGGUUCACUGGUAGUUUCUCAGGCUUUUCUUCGCCAUGCAUCACCAGAUGCUGUUGCUAUUGACAUCAAUUCGUCUGUUGCACAUGUGAAUUUCGCCCCUGGGUUCGCUGCUUACAGCGUCGCCAAGUUGGCGGUAUUCCGACUUUGGGAUUCCCUGGCCUUUGCAAACCCGAAUUUAAGGGUGUUCCAUAUCCAGCCUGGUAUCGUGGAUACCGCGAUGAACAGAGAGGCUGGAGGUGUUGAAGCCACAGGUAUUGAGGAUCAUGUUUCUCUGCCAGCGAGCUUUUGUGUUUGGCUUGCGAGUCCCGAAGCUCGUUUCUUGAAGGGCAAGUUUUUGUGGGCAAACUGGGAUGUUGAUGAGCUCAAGGCUAAGGCCAGGGAGAUUGAAGAGAGCAAUCAGCUUAGUAUGGGGCUUGGUGGGUGGCCUUUCCAGGAUGCCAAUUGGGCGUCAAUGUGGAAGGCUUAG